AUGCCGAAAAUAUUGUCUGAUGACGACAUAAAAAAUGCACUGGACGAGUUAUUUGACAAGGAUAAUUUGGAUACGUAUGAAGGUAUGACGCUAUAUGAUAUUCUUAGUGGUGCGAACGAAACCGAUUCUACCCAGGAGAAAAACGACUCUAAUUUAGAAGAAUCAUUUAAUCAGCCGUCAACAUCUGGUCUACAUUUAGACAGCCGCAACAAUGAGUCUACUCAGUCACACUGCAGAGCUUUAGAGAUACCUGCAGUGCUUGACCAGGCCUUGCUCUUACAGUCCAGGUGGACAAAGGCCCAAGCUGAGGAUCCCAACAUUGCUUUUUGUAGAGUAAGAAACCCAUCAUGCCGUCAAGAACUGAACCAUGCCAAUUUCCCUGACUUAUACUACGCGGCUAUAGCAUAUUCUAAACUGAAUAAGCUGGUCGGCGAGAACUUCCAGCUGUCACAGACCCACAUUUCAAGCCAUGCUUUUAUGAUAGAUAAGUAUAUUAAGAAGUCAGUUGCAUCCGAACUUGGAGAGAUGUCGGAAGAUACGAAAUCAAAACUUAUGAAAUUAGGAUACCCCAUAGUCACGCGACGAAGACACAGGACAGACAGUGAAGAUGAAGAAGAAUAA